AUGAGGAAGGAGAUCAUCAUCCGGAUGCAACCGGACUCCGACAAAUGCCACAAGGCUCUCAAAGUGGCAGCGUCCGUUAGCGGAGUCGACUCCGUUACCUUGUCCGGCGGGAGCAAGGACCUGCUGUUGGUGAUCGGCGACGACGUGGACGCGCGCAAGCUGACAAGGAAGCUGGAGAAGGAGGUCGGGGAGGCCGAGAUCGUGGAGCUGCGGACCGUGCCGGGAGCCGCGCUGCCACCGGGCGCUUCUAAGGACGUCGUCGUCACGCAGUCCCCGUACCACUGGCACCACCCCACCCCCGGCCGGAGCGUGCCCGGAGGCGGUCGCAUCGAGUGCCCGGUCGCCGCCGCGCGGUGGCCGGGCGAGCACAGCAGGCAGGCUGUCAUCUAUUACCACCGCACCCCCAGCCCGGGAUACCACCACCUCCACUACGCGCCGUCACCGAUGGCUGGGCAAGCAGGGCCAGGCGACUACGGCUACGCGGGAAGCAGCAUCUACGCGCGCGCCGUGGCGCGCAGCCACCCCGCCAACUACUCUCCCAUGAUCGCCCGGCACGACUUCCGCGCCGUGGGCCGCCCGCGCCCUCGCGCGGAGGGCGGGCGCCACGGGCGUGGAGACCCCAACUGCUGCACGAUAUUGUAGCACGCUCUCGCCGCGCCGGCAGAUGCAGAUCGACUCUGCG